AUGGCUUCGUCUGCGACGCCGUUGUCUGACACGAAUUCGCACGAUGACUCAACUGCUGCAGUUCUACCGUUUCCCGUGAAGUCUCCUGGACAGAGCAUUGCCGAACUGGAUGAUCCUGAACACCCCGAGAAGGACUAUGGAGAACUGGCAGGCUUUGAGAGAAAGGACGAAGUAGCGACAUACGUCUCCCAGGAGCUUCACACGCCAAUUCUGGAGGAAUUGUACCCGCGCUUAUGGAUUGUAGCACGAAAGACGUCGAGCAAUAUCGACCCGCUACAUCUCCAGAUUAUCAAAGGUCGACAAAUCCUGCUGACAGAGAAUCCGCAGCUGCACCUGCUGUGGAAAUAUAAUUAUGUGUACAUUAAGCCUCUGCCAGAGUGGUUGCUCGACCAGAGAGUAUGGCGACAAUAUCUGUCGCCCCUCGACGCAGGAUAUCAUGGGCACCUUGGUCACGCCGACAAGGGCCGCAAUCCUGGGUCUCCAUCAGCCGUGCACUGGCCUCAUCAACGACAGGCUGCGACAGGCUUCUUGCGAAGCUAUGCAUUUCUCGUCCAACAUCAAUCAGACUUCGGAAUCGCUAUUGACCACAAGCUCCUACCUUCUAGCUUGGACUGGAGGACAUGGACCAGAUUCAUCGUGCACUUCAAGCGUAAGCAGGACCACGAGGUCUCCCAGAGAUAUCAGUAUGGCCAACUACGGCUAUCGCGAUUACACUGGGCGGUCCGCAUUUUCGGCCCCUCCACUGCGCCUUCACGAUGGUUCUACUACCUUCCGCACUGGUCAACCACACCAUAUCUCACCAGCAUACUGGCACCGCUCGCCUUUGUCUUUGCUACGCUCUCAGUAGUCCUGUCGGCGAUGCAGGUGGUAGUUGGCCUUCCAGCAGAUGCGCUGGAUCUUUCAGGUGUGGACGAUGCCGGUCUAGAACGUAUGCGACAGGCAUUCUGGGUGUCAUCGAUCAGUCUGAUCCUGGCCAUGCUGCUGGUGUGGACACUGGCCAUAUCCAUCCCUUUCGGAGUCCUGCUAUGGCAAUUGCGAUGGGGGUAUGCCAACAGGAAUAAGGAUCAGUCGCGUUGA